AUGUAUACCGAGGCGGAUCUUCUGUACCUUCAAGCUGUCGGGAUUGAAGAAACCAUCGUUUGGUACUGGCCACCCAGCUCUAGCCACACGCCUCACCAACCCGGCAAGUACGACGAGGCCAAGUCUCUGUGCGUUCGGUCGCUGGCUAUGUAUGAGAAGGUGUACGGUCCUGACCACCCGGCCGUCGCUACUGGCCUCAACAACUGGGCAGGGGUAUUGAAGAGGCAGGAGCACUGCGUUGUGGCCCAGUCGCUCAAAAUGAAUGGGCAGAGCCUCUUCGCACAAGCAUCUCAAGAAGCGUCUCACUUUUCCUUUCCGGUCAUAUUCCGGGGCAAGUACAAGGAGGCUACGGAUCUGUGCGUUCGGUCGCUGGCUAUCCUUGAGAAAGGUGUAGGUCCCGACCAUUCGGACGUCGUUGUAGGCCUCAACAACUGGGCGGGGCUGUUGAAGUGUCAGGGCAAGUAUGAACUGGCAGCGCCUCUGCACAUUCGGUCGCUGGCUAUCCGUGAAAAGGGUUGCGGUCCUGACCACCCGGCCGUCGCUACAGGCGUCAACAACCGGGCUGGGCUAUUAGAGAGUCAAGUGAGCGCCAUCAGAUUUUCCGAAUUUUCCAACAGUUUUGUUCGGAUCUUUUUGGUUAGUUGA